AUGGCGGGUCACAACAUGGCCGCGCCUGGCUUCAGCCAGUCGUAUGAUCCAUUUGCUGAACUGUCCAGACAUGAUGAUGAUGCGGACGCGUUGGAUUUCGAAGAUACCUACGAUGGUCUGGGCGACCAGCUUGAUGAGACGGACGACGCCUUCAACGACGAUACCUUCGGUGGUGAAGCUAUCAGCAGCUCCAAUGCGCCGGUCGGCAGGGAUUUCGAUUUUUUCGGCUCUACUGCCAAAGUCGCCAACGCCAUGGAGGAGGAAUACGUCCGCUUCAACCGUCAACCCCCUGCUCCCAGAGCGGCUGCGACUGCCGCUAGCACCAGCACCAAUUAUGGUCUUCCCGGAUACAAUCAGGCGUCCUACCCUCCGAGACCCGCUCGAACUGGCUAUGAGAAGUAUAAAGAUCCAGAGCCGACUGCUGAUCUUCAGGUCGAUGCGUCCAUUUGGGGCACUGCACCGAAGAAGGCGGCGACACCAGCUGCCGCGAACCCGAGUCAAUAUGCUCCGCCGCCCGCUGGUCGAAAGAUGAUGAGCCUAGAGGAAGUUGAGGCAGCCAUGCACGCAGCCAAGCCUGCUGUGAUGCCGCAACCUCAAGUGCAAGCCCAACAUCCGCCCCACUUCGCUUCGCCGCAGCCUCAAGUUCAGUUUCAAUCUCAGCCCCCGCCGCAGUUUGGUCGUCAAGAUUCGGUCGACUACAGAUACCAGCAGCCUGAGGGCCAGUCGCAGGUAUUCCAGUCGCACGAUGUCCGGCAUACUGCGCAAGCACAGGGUGGUCCGCAUGGUCAUCCGAUUACCAUCUUGCAGCGCCCCUCGUCCAAACCUGUACCGGCUGGACCGAGCAUGUCUAGCUCGCUUCCGCAGCAGCAGCAGCAUCUCCAGCAACCUUCGAUGUCAGGUCCGACUCAGAUCCUGCAGAACCCUAGUCGCAUGUCGGGCGAUGCCGCGCGGAUGGGCUACCCUGCGCAGCCGACGCACCCCAUGCACCAGAUGCAUCGCUCCCAGAAUUCCUUCUCCCGCCAGCCACAGGCUGUCAGUCAUCCAGCUCAGCUGCCUGCCAUGUCGGAUCAGGACAAGGCCACAUAUCUGGAGGCUGAGGCACGGCGCGCAAAACGGAAUCACAAGAUCUAUAUUCUUAGCAAGGAUAAUGGCUUGAUGACGCCGCAUGACAAGAGCUUCAUCACCAGGAUCCAGCUACAGCAGCUUGUCUCGGCCACGGGAGACCCGAACGAAUACGGCACUGAUGCGGCGUUGGCUGAGGACUUCUACUAUCAGGUCCAUAGCUCUUUGGCUGCUCAGCGACCCAACCCGAGCCAACCCCUGAACAACUUUGCUCAAACGUAUCUCUUCCAGACCGGCAAUCGACAUGGUGGCAUGAGACGCCACAACCGCGGGCCUGAGAACCACAUGCAGCGUAUGGAGCAACAGGUGCAGCGUGCUGUCGAGGCCGCCAAGAACAAGCCCAAGAACAAACAGCUUGUGAUUGAAGGCAGUCUCGGAAAGAUUUCUUUCAGUAACGCGAAGACGCCGAAGCCUCUGUUGAAUAUCAAGCGAACUGAAAGCGGUACCGAGGUCAACCGGCCUGCAAGUACUCAUCAUCGCACCCCGGCGGCCACUGGUGUCACAGAUCGUAAGGUGACUUUGCGCGCUAUCGAGUCUGUCUACAUGAUUCUCAUGAAAAUGGAGGAUCAUGAGCGGACCAUGCCACCUCUGGCCAAUGGCGACACCGAUCAGGAAUCCGUGGAACGACAAUCUGAGUGGCAACUUGUCGCAGAGAAGCUGAAUAAUCAGCUGUGGGAUGCCCUGAAGGUCCACGAGCCGAUUGGUGCUAACGCCGUCCAUCCGUUCAUCGCCUUCAUAUCUUACCCUAAGGGCAAGAAGGUCAUUCCUCGAGUGUUCAGACAGCUCAGUCACGAGCAGCGAACUACCAUCUUGACAUUGAUCGUCGUCCACCUGGACCAACUCGAUGUUGUUCAGGGAGCUCAAGUUCAGUCGGGUGAACCCAUCAAUCUGAGCGCUGCCAUGCGUGAGAGCAUCGAGGCCUUCUCCAUGGCUGUCAUGCCGUGUCUUUUCAACCUUCUUAAUGACACUGAACUCCACAUCGUUACUGCCGUACUUGGGAUCAUCAUUCAGAAGCUGAGCAUUGACACCAUCGCUCGUACGCGUAUUGGCAUAUCUAUGUUAACUAUGAUUCUCAGUCGUGCCGAAAUCAUCAAGGAGGCCGGGUUGGCCAAUGAGCAAGCUUGGCAACAAUGGGUUGUUCAAUUCAACGACUUCUUCAACCAUCUGGAACCCACUCUUCCCAAUAUUUUCCCCGGCAGUGUCACAUCCGGAGAGGAUGUCUACGUCUGGCAGUUCCUCGCCGCCAUUGGCAUUGGAGCCAGUCCUGACGAACAGCAACGACUGGUUCUUGCCGUCAAGGACCGAGUAAUGGACACUGUUGCUCUGUCGAAGACGCUUCCUGCCGAUAUGGCCAAGCAGCGUCUGGACAAUGUCAACUUGUUCAUGCGAUCCAUUGGCCUCGACGUGGAGCUCUUGCAGUGA